AUGCGCAUAAGGGACAUUGUGGCUCAACUAAAAGCUUUGGAAGUUACCAUGUCGGAUUCUUUCCUAGUGCACUAUAUUUUGUGCACUUUGCCUUACCAUUACGCUCCCUUUAAAAUCUCUUACAACACACAUAAGGACAAAUGGUCGAUUAAUGAAUUAUUGACCAUGUGCGUUCAAGAAGAAGAAAGGCUAUUGAUUGAAGAAGGGGAGAAGGUGAACUUGACUACUUCAUUUAAGAAUAAGAAGAACCAAGUUAAUAAGAAGGGAAAGAUUCCUGCUCAGCCAGUUAUUAAGAAGGAGUCCAGAUGUUUCUUUUGUAAAAAGAAGGGACACAUGAAGAAGGAAUGUCAAAAGUUUAAGGAUUGGCUGGAAAAGAAAGGGUAUGGAAAAUCUAAGGAAACCGAUGGGAAGUGA